AUGUUACCAAAUCGCACGCUGAGAAUCGCUGAGUCUUCGCAAGACGUCCAAACCAACGACUAUAUCUUGGACUCAAAUUGGGAUUACGACGCAGCACCGCAGAAGCGAGAAUAUUCGUGGAUUAUCCGCGAUAUAGUUCACAAUCCAGAUGGAAUCUACAGACCUAUGAUGUUAGUCAACAACCAAUUUCCUGGCCCUCUCGUGGAGGUUAACGAGGGAGACACUAUCGUCGUGCACGUCAAAAACGAAGCAGUCAAUGCAACCAGUAUCCAUUGGCAUGGAAUCUACCAGAAGGGUACACCAUACAUGGACGGCACUCCUGGAAUCACUGGCUGUCCCAUUAGUGCGGGUUCAUCGUUCACGUACGAAUUCACCGUUUCUGGACAGAGUGGAACUUAUUGGUGGCAUGCACACCAAGGCGUACAAUCAUCUGAUGGCGUUCAUGGGCCCCUCAUCAUCCACGCUAAAGACGAAAGACAGGCGCAAAAGAUUCGCUACAGCACUGAUCGGGUGGUACUCAUCUCAGAUCACUACCACGAUCUAUCAUCGUCUUUGCUAUGGCAGUACUUGAAACCUGACGAGGAAAAUGCGGAACCUGUGCCAAUCAGUGGUCUCAUCAACGGGAGAACUAUUCGAAAUUGCGAUGACUUUCCGGCUCGCAGGUGCGAUAAUACCACUGCGAACGUUGGACUCCCUCAGGUCGACCUUGCUCGCGACCAAAAUCACCGGCUCCGAUUGAUCAACGUUGGAGCAUUCGCGGAGUUUCAGGUCCAGGUGGAUGAGCACGAGUUGGCCGUGACCGAGGUUGAUGGUACCGAUGUUCAACCGAUUUCAUACCAUCGCAUCGACAUUAAUCCAUCACAGCGAUACAGUGUCAUAGUCAAUGCCACUGUUCCGCAAGGAGGACCAUUUUGGUUGCGCGCUCGCAUGAUCACCAAGUGCUUUACUGAUGCGCCAAAAACUGUUGGCGCUGAUGUGCUUGCAACGGUCCAUUACGACGACAAAUCCACAGGACAAUCUCCGACCUCCGUCGACUGGACCGAGCAGCUAGCCUUGGAAUGUCGAGAUAUGAACGUCACUGAGCUCAGACCUGUGAAAGCCGAAUCGCCACCAUCAAAUCCUGAUGCCUUUUACUAUCUUCGGUCCAACUUUGAGAUAGGAGCUUACCGCCUCAGUCGUGGCUUUUUCAACAGCAGUACCUAUAAGCCCGAUGUUAGCUCACCAUCACUUUUCCGCACUAUCGAUGGUCUUAAGGUAGGAAAUGUGUCCUUCAAAGCCGCAUUACAUCCUGAGCAAGUCUCGAUCAACUCUGCAGCCUUUGAUCCAUCCAAAGAGCUUGUCGUACAAUCGAGUGGCGUUCAAACCAUCGACUUCUUCAUUGAUAAUUUUGAUGAUGGCGAACAUCCGCUUCAUCUCCACGGCUACAAAUACUUUAUCCUCGCGCAAGGCCACGGCGCGCCGCCGAUGACUUCCGUCAACGCUGGCUUCACAUUAGGAAACCUCAAACCGCUCUACGACAGCCUCGAUCUCACGAACCCACUUCGUCGGGACACUGCUGCGGUAGAGGCUUACGGAUGGAUACUCCUGCGUCUCGUGGCAGACAACCCUGGCGCAUGGGCAUUCCACUGCCACGUCUCAUGGCACACUGAAGCAGGCCUCUUGAUGCAGCUCAUCACCAGGAGUGACGAGCUGGAAAACAUGGUCGUCCCUCAGUCAUCGCUCGAUCUAUGCAGUGCGCCAGGAUUGUGGAAAGGCAUGGGACCUGAUGACUCUGUCUAUGAGGAUCUUGCAAAGUGA